AUGACUUUAACGAAACAGGAUUUCAGUGCGGGACUUCCACCACCAUCUGAGCUGGGCAUUGCUGGCAUGGACAGCAGCAGAGGGAAGGAAAAAGCUGUGUUGGAAUCCUUGGCAGGAGGAGACCCCUUUGGAUCAGUGGAGCCUGUCAAAAAGCCCUCGGGAAGGCUGAUUAUGCACAGCAUGGCCAUGCUCGGCCGGGAGUUCUGCUAUGCAGUGGAGGCUGCCUUUGUCACCCCGGUGCUGCUCAGUGUGGGGCUGCCCAAGAGCCUCUACAGCCUGGUGUGGCUCAUCAGCCCCAUCCUGGGCUUUGUGCUGCAGCCUGUGGUGGGAUCAGCCAGUGACCACUGCACCUCUGGCUGGGGCAAGCGGCGCCCUUACAUCCUGGCUCUGGGCAUUAUGAUGUUGCUGGGCAUGGCUUUGUACCUCAAUGGGGACAUGAUGGUCUCAGCUUUGAUCCCCGAGCGAGGCAAGCAGCGGACCUGGGCCAUAGUGAUAACCAUGCUGGGCGUAGUGCUCUUUGAUUUUGCAGCUGACUUUAUCGAUGGUCCCAUCAAAGCGUAUUUAUUUGAUGUUUGUUCUCAUCAGGAUAAAGAGAAGGGUCUUCAUUACCAUGCUCUCCUCACAGGUCUGGGUGGUGCCCUGGGUUACCUAACAGGUGCUAUGGAUUGGGGGAAUUCUGUACUAGGAAGAUUUUUGGGAUCGGAAUUCCAGGUGAUGUUCAUCAUUGCGGCUUUGGUUUUCCUAAUCUGUCUUACUGUACACUUGUGCAGCAUUCCCGAAGCCCCUCUCAGAGAUGACAGUACAGAAACUAAGCUCUUGCUGAAAGUGGAUGGACCCUCCGAGUAUGGUUCCAUCGAGAGCGUCAACAAUGGUUAUUUAAAACCAGGAUAUGCUGGAAAAAAGACUUUAUCUGAGCACCAUAGUGUUCAGACACGGAUGACCGUUAAAUGCCUUCUGAAGGCACUUUUAAGUAUGCCUUCCCACUAUCGCUGUCUGUGCAUCAGCCACCUCAUCGGGUGGACAGCUUUCCUUUCCAACAUGCUCUUCUUCACUGACUUCAUGGGACAGAUAGUAUACCACGGAAAUCCUUAUGCGCCACAUAACUCCACAGCUUACCUUACCUAUGAAAGAGGAGUCGAGAUUGGAUGUUGGGGCAUGUGCAUCAAUGCAAUUUCUUCAUCGCUCUAUUCCUACUUGCAAAAAGCUCUUCUGCCUUGUAUAGGAUUAAAGGGACUUUAUUUCAUUGGAUACCUGCUUUUUGGGAUAGGCACUGGGUUUAUUGGACUGUUUCCCAAGGUAUAUUCUACUCUGGCUCUGUGCUCGCUCUUUGGAGUCAUGUCCAGCACACUGUACACUGUCCCGUUCAACCUCAUUGCAGAAUAUCACAGGGAGGAAGAGAAUCAAAAGGAACAGAAUGGAGGAGAAGCUGAGGCCACUGGAAGAGGGAAGGGAAUUGACUGCGCAGCUCUCACUUGCAUGGUGCAGCUGGCACAGAUCAUUGUUGGAGUGGGUCUGGGGUUCUUGGUCAGUGCUGCAGGCAGUGUAAUAGUGGUUGUGAUUUGUGCAUCUGCUGUGGCAUUAACAGGCUGUUGCUUUGUUGCUUUCUUUGUUCGGUAUGUGGAAUAGAACAGUGCAUAGAUGAAGGAAGAAAUCCCCACGGGAACAUUGUCAUUCUUGAUCUGUAUCCAUUGGGUGCAGUUUCUACACUGAUAUUUUUAUAGCACGCUCUUCUUUCAUUGGCUGGAGUGGUUAAAAUUCCAGGGCAUUAUUUCUCCAGAGUGGAAAUACGUGGUAAAAUUGGUGGCCUCACUUCUCAGGCUGUAAGAUCUCUCCAUGACUUUCCUUCCUCUGCCCCAAUUUUGUGUUAACAUGUAAGCCACUUUCAUACAUGGCAGUGUAAUGCUCUUCAUCAUUAGUGGUAAUGCUCAUCAUUAGCCAAGCUGGAGAAGAGAAGAGAUGAAAUGUGUGGCAAAAAGAAUGUAUCCAGUAAGAGUGAAAGCUGGGGUUACUGAUCCCAA